CAGAAGGGCUUCACUGCUGGGCGGCGCUUCGUCGACCACAUCCCGUACUUGGACGCGGAAUGCCGUAGGGAGGGCCUUCUUCCUGACGCGGCGAACCGCCGCCCCAUGUUCCUGUCGUUCGACUUCCGCCAGGCCUUCCCCUCGCUCUUCAGGGAAGUCAUCGAGAAGGUCGUCCCGCGCUUCGGGGUCCCGCUGGGCUUCCGCAACGUGAUCGCGGCGCUCUACAGCAACUGCCUCGCCUUCAGCUCCUUCCGCGCCGAGGGCACCAGCGCGGAGCUCGAGCCGCUGUUCGCGCUCCUGUGCGGCAUCAUGCAAGGAUGCCCGCUCUCUGGCACGGUCUGGUGCUUGGCCAUGGAUGCGCCCAUCCGCGCGCUGCCGGCUGCGAUUGCUGAGCAUGGAGUCCUCACGGCUUGCGCCGACGAUCUCGGGAUGCUGAUCAAGAACGCUGUUGCCCUCCCUAGCAUAGACUACACCUUCGUCUCUAUAGAGCUUGCCUUCAACCUGCAGUUGGCCUUGCACAAGUGCGUGCUGGUCCCGCGGUGGGAGGAGCUAACGGAGAACACACUGCUGAACGUUAAGUCUUUCCUCGCCAAGGAGGUCCCCCGCUGGCUGGGCUUCCGCGUCGACUCCACGGCCAAGUACCUGGGGACUCACCUGGGCCCAGGCGUCACGGACUUCGGCAUCUGGAAGGCCGCUGCGGGGAAAUGGUGGACCCGCUGCUGGGAGCUGGCGCGUACUGGCAUGGCCACCAGCCUCGCGGCCCGCGCGUACAACAUCAACGCGCUGCCGUGCCUGUCGUACCUCGCGCAGUUCUACUUCAUCGUGCCUGCCAUAUGGAAGGUCGAGUUCACCUCCCUGCACCGCCUGCUGAGGCUGCCACCCUCGUCCAUGCGCAAGGCUGACAUCCUGUCGAUGAGCGCGUGGUGCGGCCCCCCCAACACGGUGCGCGGAUGGGAAGCCCACUUUCACCACCUUCAUGAAGCUGCCGUGGAGCAUGUCCCACUGAUUGAUGUGAUCAAGGGCAACUGGUCUCCGCCGUGGUGGCGGGCGCGGAGGGCGAUCGUGCAGAACUACGCCAUGAUCUCGGACGCCUACGGCCAGCUGGACAUACCAAGACCGACGCUCGACGUGCUCUCGGUCCCGAUCCCGAGCAGGUACCUCAAGAUCGCGAAGUCGGCGAUGACCCUGGAGACGAAGACGGCGGCAGCGGCCACUCCCUCCAGGAAGCCCAAGCGCCAGGCCACGGCCGCUGCUUCGCUCCGUGGCUUGCUGUACCCCGAGGACCUGGUGGCCACCAUCCACCGGCGGCUGCGCAGGUGGGGUGUCGAGUGCUCUCUGCCCGUGCUGCGCGAGAGGUGGCCUCCGCUGCGUAGCAAGCUGACGGAGGUCCGCCCUGCUUGGAUGUGGUCGUGGAUGCGCGCCGCGGUCAACGGCUGGACGACAUCGCGUCGCAUGAGCGCCGUCAUCGACGCGCGCCCUUGCCUCUUCGGCUGCGACGAGGAGGACGCGCUCGAGCACUACAUCGCCUGCCCGAUCCUCAGGGCGAUGACUGCGGGCGACGCGGGUGCGGACUCCCUGGGCAACGGCCCCGAGCUCCUCGGCUUCGGCGACGAGCAGUACCACGCGAAGCGUCCCAUCACGGAGUGCAUCUACGCGGUCGGCCUCAUGUGCCAGUGCUACCACAUCCAGAAGCACCGCAUGGACGUGGGCCUGGACGCUGGAGCUGACCAGCGGGCUGGUGUGAGACUGGCCGCGCUGCAUCGCAUGCAAGCAUAG